ACUUCGUCAGAAGGAAACGUUAAACGCGUAUCAAAACCGCAAAAGCGAGCAGCUCGAGUAAUUUUGGAUGCCACUGUUGGGGAGGGGAGCGAGAUUCUAUUUAGACGACAUGACUGGCUACCACUUUAAGGACGAAUUAAAUCUCCGAAAGAGUAGUUUAAUAUUUAGGCGUAUUAAAGAUGAAAAAAGCUAUCCAAGCUGUAUAACGAAGCUAUUAACUAAAAACUCGGAC